AUGGCCAGCCUCCCCCGGCUCGCCUCCGUCUCUCCGGGCGAGAAGCUGUGCCUCUACCUGGCGGCCUCCCAGCAUGCAGUCAGCUCCGUCCUGGUCAAGGAAAGCUCCGGCCAACAACUCCCGAUCUACUACGUCAGCCACGUCCUAAGUGGACCUGAGGAGCGACGGCUCCUCAAAUGGGCGGUAGAGCUCGGUGAACAUGACAUAAGCUACUCGCCCAGGACCGCCAUCAAGGCCCAGGUGGUAGCCGACUUCAUUGCGGAGCUGACACAGCUCGAGAACGCAGAUUUCGAACAAGCUCCCGAAACUUGGACCCUGCACGUUGACGGCUCGGCGAACCCAAAGGGCGCCGGCGCAGGGCUGGUCCUCCUCGCCCCCGAUGGACGCUCGUUCGAGCGAUCCCUUCGGCUCGGAUUCAAAGCCACCAACAACAAGGCGGAGUACGAGGUGCUCCUGGCAGGGCUGGAGCUGGCCCUCGAAAUGCAGGUGGCCGCGAUACGCGUCCUCACCGACUCGCAACUUGUGGCCGAGCAGCUCAACGGCGGAUACGAAGCACGAGACACGACCAUGGCGAAAUACCUGGCACGGGUAAGAGACCUAACCGCCAAGUUUCGCUAUUUCACACUAUCCAACGUUCUGAGGGAGGAGAACGAGCGGGCCGACGCACUAGCUAAGCUGGCGUCAAAACCGAUCUCCGAAACAUGGCCAGAGAUCGAGGAGCUCCCUGCCCGCGCCGUCGAAAUAGCAACUACAGCCCCAGGCGGCACGCCGACCACAUGGGUACAGGAGUUGCUGCGCUUCAAGCGAGAUGGAACCCUCCCCCUCGACGAAGUCGCGGCUCGGCGCCUGCGUCGCACGCACGCGUGGUACACCGUGGAGUGUGGUCGCCUCUACAAACGGUCCUUCACCUACCCCCUCCUGCAAUGCUUAGAGCCCGACGAAGCCCAGAUGGUCCUAACCGAAACCCACGAAGGGGUAUGCGGAGAGCAUAUCGGCGGGCGAACCUUGGCGCACAAGAUACUCCGUCAAGGCUACUACUGGCCGACCAUGUCCCAGGACGCCAAAGCUUACGUUCGGUGGUGCAGUUCGUGCCAGCAGCACGCCCGUGCACCCCGGCAGCCCGCGGUCCCGCUCAGUCCCAUCGACUGCGCGUGGCCAUUCGCGCAGUGGGGUUUGGACCUGCUCGGGCCCUUCCCACUAGCCUCCGGACAGCGGAAGUACAUAAUCGUAGGGGUGGACUAUUUCACGAAGUGGGUCGAGGCCGAACCGCUAGCAACAAUCACGGAACAUCAAGUAGAGAAAUUCGUGUGGAAGAACCUUGUAACUCGGUUCGGGUUGCCCAGGGCCAUUAUCACGGACAAUGGACCUCAGUUUGCCGGUAGAAGAUUCCGGGAGUUCUGUGUCGAUCAUGGCAUCCAGCUGAGGUUCAGUUCGGUGGCCCAUCCUCAGACCAACGGGCUAGCGGAGGUAACCAACCGGUCCAUCCUGGAUGGACUCAAAAGAAGAGUGACUGCAGCCCGAUCGACCUGGACAGACGAACUCCCCAGCGUGCUGUGGUCGCUGCGCACCACCCCCAAAACCGCAACCGGAGAAUCCCCAUACAGCCUCGCGUUCGGAACUGAGGCUGUCCUGCCGCCUGAGGUAGCCAUCACCACCCUCCGAACAUAA